UUCUGAAAACAGAGGCAGCUAAUUAGAAAGAUUUGCAAAGAUUCUAUAAACGUUUAGUUACAUGAAAAUCCCCAAAACAACCGAAUGUAAUUAAUACUUAAGAUACGGUUAUAACGACUUCAUUAAAACCGAGAUACAUUUCAUAGCUUUCCUUAAACAAGUGGGAAACAAACAAACUAUAACGGUCAUUAAUCUGUGCUUCUCUUACUAUAAAUACGCCCCCAAACACCACUUCUCCUCUUCAAUUUCAACUAAUAAUGGCUCUAAGAAUAGGCUCCCGAAAGCAGAAUUUCAUGACUAAAGUCUUGAGAGGUGACAAGCAGGCUCAAACUGCAAGUUUCUUGAAGAGAGGUCCAACUUUGAAGAAGAAAGCACUCGAGCUUCAAACGUUAUGUGAUGUCUCCGUCGUCAUCGUACGUUAUGGUCCGGACGGGAGUCUUGACAUUUGGCCUGAGAAUGAAGCACAAGUAAGAGAUGUUGUUAUGCGUUAUAAAGGAUUUGAAAAAACAAGAAAAAAAGAGCGCAAUCUUUUUGAUUUCUUGGUGGACAAGAAAGCCAAACUUCUCAAGAAAAAAACCCAGUUGAUGAAAACCAAACUACAUGCAACUAUCGACACCUUGUCCAAACAUGUUGAGGGACUGUCGGGUCACAAAUUGACUCGUUUUCUUGAUUUUCUUGAAGAAAAGUCGAGGAGUUAUCAAGAAAAACUAACGUCUCUUGAGUUAGCAGCAAAACAAGUGGAAUCCACUAAUAACCCAUCGGUGUCAUCUUUUGAAUGGAAAACCCCAUUGGAACAAUUUCACAAACAUGUUGUGUGCAUUGAGAAUCGUCAGCCUCAAGAAAACCGUUGCAGCGUCUCAGAGGAUGGUUCAAAUUUCUUCAAUGGUGGUAGUCGUGCAGUUACAAAGACUGAGGGUAUUUAUGGUAAUAAUGUGUUUGGAGGCAGCACCAACAGUUCUUGUUUUGGGGCAGUAGAAGCAGGACAAAAUAUGAAAAAUUUUAAUGAUCUCAGAUUUUGGUGGGAUGGUGAGAUAGUUGGAAUCUAAUUUAGUGCAGUCGGGUAGAUUUGGAAGCUUUUUUUGUUUGGUACUAAUUGGAUGUUUAUUAAUUGCUACUGAGUUGAGUAGCACGAGUUAUGAAGUUAUCUCUGGUUUUUGGAAAUGUAUAAAACUGAUUAUUAUAUAUAAACUAGGUCGAUGGC